AUGAAAGUCACACACUUCAUUGCUGCUCUUUGGCUACUCAAAGGUUCACUAGUCCUAGGCCAUGAGGAUAUGGAUAUGGAGCAUGACGCAGCUCCUGCGGUUCCUGCCGCCGGUAUGGAUGCUGCUAUGCCCUCCAUGACCGCCUCACCGGCAUCCAUCCACUCGAGCCACCACCAUGGUCGCUUAAUCCUCAACAACCCAGAUUUGGAGCCCCAGCAGAGAGCAUACUGGGAGAAGUACAACACGACCAAUUUCUUCAACAGUGACCAAGGAAGCAAGGUUGCAUUGUACUCACAUGCAAUCCUUGCUUUUGUUGCAUUCGGUCUCCUCACGCCGAUGGCGAUCUUAUUGUCCAUGGACAGUACAUGCUCAUGGCUUUAUUUACCGUUGCAAACGCUUACAAGCCUGAUGGCGGUUGGAUCUUUCUUCUUUUUGGCCAUGUAUUCCGCAACUGCGCCCGCCCUUUACCCUGGAAGCAUCUAUGGCGGAUUCACCUUUUUGAUGCUUUUGCUUGUUAUUACUCAUUGGACAGCUCUUGCUGUCAAGUCAGUAGCCCGCUAUUUGGGCGCUAUGGGCCCCGUAGAGGGUGCCGACUAUAUGCUCGCCAACAUGCAGAGGCCUUCGAGCGACUCUGGGCACCAGGUCAGCGACGACGGAUUCGACGAUGACUUGGUAUUGGAGGAUCCUGAGGCUUUCGCGCCCCAGCGAAGCCGCACGUCACCUCUUGUCUCCAAAAUGGCCCGCAAUUCGGUUGUUCACCGCAUUGCUUCAUCCUUCGGCAAGCUUGCGUCGGUCAUUUUCGCCGCCUUGAACAUUCCAAUAUUCUUCCUCGGAUUCGCCUACCUGUUUGUUGGCCUGGUUACCGGUGAAUGUAUGGGCAAAGGUCAUAUGAUUUUUGGUCUUCUUGCCCAUUUGAUCAAGGGCUUUGUAUUCUUCCUUUUGGGUUUCGUCGAGUUGGCCCGCUACUGCGGGUUCCUGUCAGCGCAUGGCAUGGCAUGGAACCGCCGCGAUGAGGACAUCUAUCCUGCCAAAUCUCGAGUCGUUCCCGAGCCGGUGCCCCAGCGCACCUCAUUUUUAGGACGAUUCAAGUUCUGGCCCAGCGAGCCAACCAUGGAGUAUAUCCAGUCUCUGUGUAUUUUUAUCUAUGGCAUUACCAACGUUUUCUUGGAGCAUCUCGGUAACGAGGAUGGUGUUUGGUCGCAUAAAGACAUUCAGCAUGCCUCCAUCGCCUUCAUGUUCAUUGGCGGCGGCCUUUCCGGCUUGGUUAUGGAGUCUGAGUUUGUUCGCAAGAGCAUUGCUGCUGGUUUCGGCGUCGAGCUUGGAAAGCGGUCUUAUUACUCUUUCAACCCUAUGCCUGCGUUUACAGUGUUUUGGACGGGUGCACUCAUGUCACGACAUGAGCAGGAGACUCCGUUAUCCACUGAGAUCCACAUCCAAUGGGGCAGUCUUCUUAGUCUGGCCGCGGUGAUUCGUCUUUGUACAUACCUGAUGCUUUACCUGCGUCCGAUUCCUGAGGAUUCUCAACCUCAGAAGCCGUUCACCGAGAUCCUCGUCUCCUUCUGCCUGGUUUGCGGAGGCUUGAUUUUCAUGAGCUCCAAUCGUGAGACUGUAGAGGCCAUGAUCUACCGCGGUAUUGACUCCAUGUUUACAUUGAAUGUGUCUGUUGGAAUCAGCGCCCUUCUGAUCAGCUACGCCGUCUUUGCCUAUGCGGUUCGGGGUCUCGCCAUCAGAAGAUCGAAGCCCGCCUAUUAA